GAAUAUAUAUAGAAUAAUCGUCCGUUAAUAGGUCCCGGAAGUUACCCAGACUUAAGUCUUUGCUAGGAUAUAACAAAGGCAACUACUCGUUUUAUUUCAACUGACUCUAUAAAAUUCUCAGACUUUAAAUAUGUAUUAGUGGUUAUGUCUGUAUGAAUAUUGGUGCACUGGCUAAGAAGUGUUACGUCAGCCUCUUAUAUUUUUGGUGUAUCUUGUGAAGACCAGUGAGUUAUGACAUAAUAAAGUCACUACUCUCCAAAGUAGCUCAACGAGUCGACAUUAGCAAUAUGAAGAUAAAAGGAUUCGAAAUAGCAGCGUCAAUCGUGGUAAAACAUUGAAUAUGAUAUGAAAUUAAUACUCGAGAUCUGAUGGAAGAUAGAAUGUGGAUACAUCUGUACCACUGCGAUCAAUAUUGACCGGUUUCACACAGAUGACUUUUGUCCUCAGUCUGCAGCUAGUAAUGUGGCUUCUCUUAAUAUAAUGCAGUAAGACACGUCACACUUUGGUUUAGUAGCUCCUCUCCUCCUACUAGUCUAUGCUGAUGCUUAAAGUAUCCACUUUUCAACCACUUGGCUUUUUGUUUGAAACCUGCUCAACCUAUUUCACUUUUUUUUAUCUGCGUAAAAUAACUAGCCAUAAAACCUAGAGUGUGACUUAUAGCCGAGUAAGCAGACCUGUACUAUUGCUCAUAGUGGUGACUGGGCUUACAUGUUCUAAACACAGUCACUGAAGCUUCACAAUGACAUUAAUCGAUUUGCAAAUUCUAUCUAGUGGACUAUGACUAAACUCAGUUUUGCUAACUCGGUUUCACCAUAUGAAGUCACAUUAUUCGGACUUACGCAUAUCUGCUUUCAUAUACUAUUGUCAUAAAAUGUCAUAGAAUCAACCACUACUCUGUACAGUUGCUCUUUGACUAGAAGAUGGAUGCGUAGGUACAUAUUUGACAGUUGGUAUAUUCUUUCAACGAUUUCAUUGGAUAACUACUUAGUAGGAAGAUGACUUCCUUGGAUAUUUUAAACUUUCAUAAGAUUAUUUCUUUGUUUAGCUUAUUCUAAUGCUUUUUUCACACUUAGUGCCGCAAAAUCAAUCGUACAAAUUUAAAUGAAAAUUAUGAUAUCGAUUCAUCAAAACUAUUCGUCCGUAGCAUGGUACGUCAUCCUUCUUUCACGCUUUUGGAAGAUUAUCAAAAUUCAUUCCAUGAACUGCCUUUUCUUACAUUGAAAGACUCUAAUUCUCAAUUUAAAAAUACCUGCGAAUCCACUGAAAUGAAUGACUCACUGAAACCAAAUUCGAAUUCUCAACCUGUUUUGGAUCCGUUUAUUUUCGGUGUAUCAUUUACUGAAUCAAAUUCCUCCAAUUCCCAACUUGAUGCAUUACAAUUAUCUAAAAUGCAUAGUAAUUCACUAGGUUCUACAAAUUCAUCCCCGUUAGAAAAUAAGGAAUACCUGUUUCCUUCAUCACCGUUAUCCUCAACUUUGAUCAAAUUAUAUUUAUCCAAGGUCUCUUUAUGCUCACCUACAGAGACAACAGGAGAUAAUUUAAAUUCAGAUAAUGAACAACUUAACUUUCAUAAUAAUUUAUAUCCAAAUUUGAUUGGUCUACCUGGAUCCCUACAAACUGUAUUACAUUCAUUAGCUUCUAUGGUUAUGCCUACUAGACAUUUUAUUGGUAUGAAGACAACAACUAAUGAAAUCAAGUCAUCAAAUUUAACAAGAUUAUCUUCAUUAAAUGAGAAUUUCAAAAUUUAUCACUUAAAAUCCCAUUAUAGUGAUGGAAGUGCAUAUAAUACAGAUGAAAACUAUUCAAGUUGUACUGAAUCUUCAAGUAUAUUAGACGAUAUUUCAAAUGGUUAUUAUUCAGAUAACUAUCUUAUUGAAGCAGCUAAAAAAAUGAAGAAAUCUCAUAUGAUAAAUAAUCUAUGGCAAACUGUAAAAUAUAAUCAACAAUCUAGUCAAAUUUCUUUAUUUUCAGAUGGACAUUCAAAGUUAACAUCAGCGUAUAUUCAUCAUGUCAACCACCAUCACCAUGGUAAAUGUCAUCAUAAACUUGGUUUGACGAAUGUUUAUGCAGGUUUAAAGUCUAAUAAGUUUGGUGAUACUUCUACAGUUUCUUUGAGUCCAUCGCAGUCGCAUAAUAACAAUCAUAAGCCGUGUCUUAAGUCAAAGAAUGUCGUCAGUAAUAAUGAUAAUAAUAAUACUACUACUACAGGUAUUGAACCAAUAUCUCAAGAUAUUAAAAGUUAUAAUCCAUUAGAAUGUUUUUACAAUUUAUGGACUAAUUUCAAUUCAAAAGUAAUAGAAGAUAAUUUCUAUUACAUGGAUGAAAAAUCGUUAGAACGACGAGUUCGUGCACAAGCAUCAAAUAUAAUUUCACCUGUAUCCUUUUAAUAAUACAUUAUGUCUAUGUAGAUUUAUGAUGUUAUCUGAAAAGAAUUUGUUUAGUUCUUAAGUAAUAAUAUUUGUUAUGAAUGGUAAAUUAUAAUUGAAACCCUUUUCUUUUACAAUAAUGUUACAUGUUUUGUACUUUUUUCUUUCAAAUUCUACCAAAAGUUCAUGCGAUUGUACGCAUAUUGUAUCAUCUAACAAUGGAUAAUGUUUAUCUUAUUUUGACACUGUAUCUUUGAUUUUAAAGUGAGCCAUCACCAAUAUAUAUAUAUAUAUAUAUAU